CUGUGAGAAGGCUGGAUCAGCAGCGCGCCGCUCGCUCGUCAGUUGCUCUGUCGCUCUCUUCUGUGGAUGCAAGAACCGUCCAGACACUGGCACGCGAACAUAAAACAAACUAAACAAUGACAUUAUCUGCAACGACACGACAGAAACACACCAUUAUCUGACUGCCCGAAACGAUCCCGUGCCUAUUUCUACUCGCUGUUUACCGAUCUCAGUCCAGCCCUGUGCCCAGAGGCUUGUGUGGGAUCAUGAUGCUCAGCAGCUCAGUGGAUGUACCCAGUCCAGGAGGGAUGAGCGCGGUGGCGGCCCGGAACGUGAUCCGCAGUUCCAGCAUCAGUGGGGCAAUGUACAGCUUGGAGAAAAGCCCCAGCAGCACGGGGCCCGAUGCCACAGGCCUGGUCGGAAACAAGAAGCGUCGCUCCAGCCUGGGAGCCAAGAUGGUGGCUAUCGUGGGUCUGUCUCAGUGGAGCAAGAGCACACUGCAGCUUAACCAGCAAGAUGGUGGAACAAAGAAGCUACGCAGUACCAUCCGGCGGAGCACAGAGACGGGUAUCGCUGUGGAGAUGAGGAACCGUGUCACACGGCAGGGCAGUAAGGAUUCAACAGAUGGCAGCACCAACAGCAACAGCUCUGAUGGAACGUUCAUCUUCCCCACCACUCGCCUGGGCCCUGAGAGCCAAUUCAGUGACUUCCUGGAUGGCCUUGGUCCCGCACAGAUAGUGGGACGUCAGACAUUAGCCACACCGCCAAUGGGUGAUGUUUACAUUGGUGUGAUGGAUAGAGGGGGUCAGUUAGAGGUUGAGAUCACGCAGGCCCGAGGUCUGACCCCUAAACCAGGCUCAAAGACCAUUUCAGCAACAUAUAUAAAGGUUUAUGUUCUGGAGAAUGGAAUGUGUCUCGCUAAGAAGAAAACCAAAGUGGUGAAGAAAACCCUGGAUCCAACCUUCCAGCAAUCCCUGAUGUUUGACGAGAGCCCACAGGGGAAAGUGCUACAGGUGAUCGUGUGGGGAGAUUACGGCCGCAUGGACAGCAAGUGUUUCAUGGGAAUGGCUCAGAUCCUCCUGGAUGAUCUCGAUCUGUCAUCAAUGGUGGGCGGCUGGUACAAGCUCUUCCCCACCUCCUCUCUGGCGGACCCCAGCAUCGGCCCUCUUACACGCCGACUCUCCCAGUCCUCGCUCGAGAGCGCCACCAGCCCCUCGUGCACCUAGACACAUCCACGUCCCCGUCUUAAUAUGCCUGUGUUCUCUAUCUCUACGUGUGUAUCUUCGUUCAAUAUACCCCGCCACCGACCCCAAAAGCAUGAACACACACUCUGAUAGAUACAGCCAACUCGCCCGGGGCUGGAAUGCUCCUCUUUACCG